CCCAUUUGCUCAACUUCCAGAGAAAUGCCUGAAAGCAUCUUCAUUACAGUGUAUCAGCAGCAUUUUGACAUCCAGAUGAUUAGAGAACAAUGUUAGUAGCACAAUAUUCCAGCACUGUGGACCUGGCGUAAGUCAAAUUGUUAUAUGAAUGAAUUAAUACAGUUUUUAUUAUUGUUUCAUGCAAACAGAUAUGCCCAGCCCACAUGGGCUUACAAGAUCAAAACCAAAAUCAAAACAAGCCAGGACCAGGGUCAAACAUGCAUAUUUUCAGACAACAUUUAAAGGAAAGAAAAUGGAACAGAGCAUUAAAAGCUUCGUAUAUAUUCAGAUCAUCAUUGUGUAAGACAGAUCCAGGGAUCACUCACAAAGAUAUGAUGUACUGAAAAAAAAAAUCAAAAUAGGCACUAAUUAAACAAAUAUUUUUGCCUUCUCUUCCCAUUUUUUGCAAUAAAAUUAUUUUGAUUGCCAUCGAAAUUAAAUAAACAUUCUAACAUUUUGGCCAUCGGAGCCCCUGGGGCCAGUUGCACCAACUGGUCUUAAGCCUGGUCUUGAGCUAAGUCGGUCGUAACUUGGCGUUCUAAGUCCGACCUAAUAGUUACGCUGCUUGCACCAACACAGCUUAAGACUUCUUCUUACUAAGACCGGGCGUAAAUCUUACACCUAGUCAAGAGCAGGUGUAAGGUCAUUAUCAAGCUGCGCUCAUGCGCUAUAGAGCGCGGAGAGCGCAACUUUAUUAUGGAAUAUCUCAUCCACCGUCUGUAUACAAGCAGGCAUUUAGAUGGGAGAGGGUAAUUAGGGACAGAAGCAAUUGGACAUAGCCGAUAUAAUGACGAGGAGCUGAUUGAGAGGUUUCAAUUUGGUAGGAGAGAUCUGUUUGAACUUAUUGAGAGAGCUGUCACCGGAUUUACAGUUUGCUGCAACGCAGCACCACCACCAGCCUUCCCACCAGGCAGGGGAAUCCUCCCCAAAUACGUCAACAACGAUGUCACUGUAAAUUGAGGUUUUCGGGGAGGACCCCUGCCAGUUGGAUGAUUUUUUUUGGAGGAGAUGUAUUUUUUUGCCACUUCUUCCUCAUGUCAGCCUCUGUAUGAAGGCAGCCAGAGUCUGAACACGUAUUGAUGUGCCAUGUUAUCUCUGCCCAUACCGACUGUUUGUUCUUAUUUGUGAUAUGUCUCUGUGCUCGCUGUACAGCUUGAUUAAUUUUCUAAUUUCAGUGUCAGUAAAGUUUUUCGUUGAUCCUUCAUGUUUUCUUCAAAUCUUAAACUGUAAAUAAACUGUCAACACAGAUGAGAGGGGCUGUCAACUGUCAAUUGUCAUCUGUCAAGCACACGGGGUGAUUCAGUGGCACAUCAUUUAACGUCACCGCGCUCCUCUAGGCAGGCUGCGAGGGGCAUUCCGGGGACAUUCACGUGGACGCACACAGCUAAAACCAGCGUAGCUAAGACCAGGCGUAAGCCCUGUUGGUACAUCCGGGGUAAGUCCACUCCUUAAGACUGGUCUUAACAAACACCGUCUUAGGAGUUACGACCAGGCGUAGUAAAGACCAGUUGGUGCAACCAGCCCCAGAAUUGUCAGGAAUUCCAUUCCAUGUCAUUCCUAGCCAUUCCAUUUCAUGGAACACUAACUCUCUAAAGCCCAGUAUACACUGUACGAUUUUUGACCGGAUUUGACACGAUUUUUGAGACGCACAACCUGCGGACGCUCGGGCCGGAUUUCCGCUUCGUCGUGCGUCUUUUGCUGUGCAGUGUACUGGGGGGAGUGAGGGCCGAUCAUCUGUUCCAGAACCGUGGUCGGACGGUUGGAUGAAUUUCUGACAUGUCAGAAAUUUUGGUUGGCUGGCACAGGCAUUCGCACAGUUGAAGCAGAGCCAUGAGCCGGUUCGCCAACGUCUGUGCAUUUAUCCCUCACUGCGCCUGCGCGAAGACAUAGAUCACCAUGGCAACGCAUCAGUGGACUGAAAAUAUGGAGGCCAGGUUGGUUGAGCUGUGGCAACGGUAUGAGUGCCUUUUCGACGUUUCUUCUUCCACCUACCACGACCGAUAUCAACGAGAGAAACGCUGGCAGGAGAUAGCCAAUAUUCUUCAGCUGCCUGUCAAUGAAGUGAAAACCAAAGCUGCAUCUCUCAGGACCCAGUAUGGUAAACUUGUGAAGCCAAAAGCAAGUGGCAGUGGACAGAAGCCAUUAACACCAAAACAAAGAUGGAUCCUGGCACACUUGGAGUUUUUAAAGCCCCAUAUGACGCACAGAGCAAUGGAAUCAACCUUGAGACUUGACAUCGAGGACAUUGAUGAGACAGAGGAGGGGCAAAUGGAAGACGAAGAUGUGGUGCUUGACAUGUCAGCUGACAACAAUGAAAUGUCCCAGAUGCUCUCCCCUCCAUCAACCUCUGCUCAGUCCCCUAGAAGUUCAGUCUCUGCCACUGUAGAGGGGGAAACAUCUUCGACUGAAUUAGCAUCACGUCAUGAUGAGACCCCCAAAAGACCACGCUUUAGCAAAGCAAAGGGAAAGUCCUCUGAUGCUAACAAUGUUGAGUUAGCAAAGUUAACUUUGUUAAAACAGGUUCAUAAUACUCUGUCUUCUACAACUAAUGACAGUGAGGAGGUAUUCGGUCAACAAGUUGCAAAUGAGCUAAGAAGCAUUAAAGAUCGAGUGCUUCAGUUAAGAGUUAGGAGAAAUAUUAUGAACAUACUGUAUGAUGCCCUAGAGGCAGAGCAGGCCCGGGAACACGCAACCCUCAGUCAGUACCAACCAGGGGGAGUACCAUUUAUGGGCUCCCAGUCAACUCAGGGAAGGUAUGACCGUUACACAGCUGUGCCAAUGCAAGUGCCACAUCCACCAUAUCAGAGCCAACCAGCCCAACAGACCCAGUCUCAAAGCCUCCAGCCUCAACCAAUGUCCUUCAUAAGGAUGAUAAAUGAAGAUGAAUAAUAGUUGAAAAUUGGCAGUGGUUGAUCAGGAUGCAAGUUAACUUUUGUACUUUUUUUUGCACUACUGUUCUCUUCUAAGUGCCUUGAAAAGAGAUUUGUUUAUGUAUAUGGAAAUGUUAUCAUUCACUCUGUAGUAAGUGCAUUUUUGUGUCUAUUGUACAUAUUUUAGUAUAGAUGAGUAUUUUUUAAAUGUUCUUUUCAGUAUUUAUAUAUUUAUAUUUGAAUGCUCUGAACUGUUUUUGGUCAUUGACUUUUAUGACUUAUGACACAAAAUAAAACAAAAUUGAGUACGUGCA